GAAUGCAACAUCCACAACCUCUACUCAAAGGGAAAUCAUGAGGAAUAUGCGCUAUAUUUCCGAACUGAGGAGAAAGAUACGAAGACUGGAACAGGAAGAUGCUGAAUUGAAACAAAGGCUGAACAUGAUUUUGGCUGACUUUGAUGAGAAUAUAACUGAAAACAACCAGCUUGCCUAUCUUCAACAGGAAGUGGAGCACAAACUUCAAGUGCAAGAAUCACUCAAUUUUGCUAUGGAGGAGGAGAACAAUGAGCUGAGACGAAUUAUUUGCCAACAGCAGCUAUUACCAGGUGGGGAUGUGAACAACAACCCCAUUGAGCCUUCUACAAACCAGGCUGAGGAGAAUGAUCAGGAUGCUGACCUAAAGCCUAAGGAGUGAGAGCAAGUGAAUCUGCAGUGAUGGCCAGUUAUAGAAGAACCAAAAUAUGACUAUGCAUGAAUAAAGGAAUAAGGCCAAAACAUAUAUCCUGGUUCUUCAAACAUAAUAACAAUUUAUGAGCUGUUUGAGCAUAUUUUUCAUAUAUGACU